CGUCAGGCCGUGAGAGCUCCACACUGCGGCUGCGCAGAUCCCGCCGGUGCUGCCGUCCUCUCUGCUCGUGUUCCUCCGUGUUCCUGCGUCGGUCUCCGGUCAUAACCAGGAAUGUUGGGGGCGGUGGUCGUCGGCGUCGGCACGGCCGGCUGCGUCCGGAUCAGAGACAUGUUGAAGCCGCUGGCCGGCAGCUCCGCCGAGAAGAUGGAGGUCCGGGGGUUCGUGUCCAGGAGGGAGCUGGGUCCCCAGCAGGGGGUGGACCAGAUCCCGCUGGACGCCGCCCUGACCCGGGACGACAUCCAGGCCGCCUUCAUCUGCACCGAGAACCAGUCCCACGAAGACUACGUCAGGAAGUUCCUGCAGGCGGGGAAGCACGUCUGCGUGGAGUACCCCAUGGCCAUGUCCCACCGGGGGGCCCUGGAACUCUGGGACCUGGCCCAGCAGAAAGGGCUCAUCCUUCAUGAGGAACACAUCGAGCUGCUGUCAGAAGACUUCAAGGCUCUGAAGACGGAGGUCCAGGGGAAAGUCCUGCAGGAAGGGACUCUCCACUUCACCGGGGGCGCCCUGAAGCCGGGGUUUGGGUUCCCGGCGUUCAGCGGCAUCGCUCGCCUCACCUGGUUGGUCGAGCUGUUCGGAGAGCUCUCUGUUACCGCGGCAACGAUGGAGGAGGACUCUGGGAGCGGCUACACCAAGAUGACCGCUAAGCUGCUGACCGGUGACGGCAGGCCGCUGACGUGGGUGGAGGAGCGGCAGGCCGGUCUCCCCCGGGCCAAGAACAUCCAGCUGGUGUUUGAGUCCGGCACCGUGAGCCGGGUCCCUGCAGCUCCCCGGGGGACGGUGGGACUGUUCAUGCAGGACCUGGUCCUGUUCUCCAACAAGCUGCUGGGCCUGGUGGCCCCGGAGGAUCUGCAGACGGAGAGAGUCCGGGUCCUGCACUGCCUGGACCUGGCUGACCGGAUCCAGCAGCUCUGCCAGGGCUAACCGGGA